GGUUGGGAAGAUGGCGGCUCCCAGCCUCCUCAACUGGAGGCGGGUUUCCUCCUUCACGGGGCCGGUCCCCCGCGCCCGGCACGGACACCGAGCGGUGGCCAUCCGGGAGCUGAUGAUCAUCUUUGGAGGGGGCAACGAGGGCAUCGCCGACGAGCUGCACGUCUACAACACGGUUACAAAUCAGUGGUUCCUGCCAGCUGUUAGAGGAGACAUCCCUCCAGGCUGUGCUGCCCAUGGAUUUGUCUGUGAUGGUACCAGAAUAUUAGUAUUUGGGGGAAUGGUUGAAUACGGAAGAUACAGCAAUGAGUUAUAUGAGUUACAAGCAAGUCGUUGGUUAUGGAAAAAAGUGAAACCGUAUCCCCCUUCUUCUGGUUUACCUCCUUGUCCUCGGCUGGGACAUAGUUUCUCUUUAUAUGGUAACAAAUGCUAUUUGUUUGGUGGCUUGGCAAAUGAAAGUGAAGAUUCAAACAAUAAUGUUCCCAGAUAUUUAAAUGAUUUCUAUGAGUUGGAGCUACAGCAUGGUUCUGGUGUUGUGGGUUGGAGCAUUCCAGUGACUAAAGGGAUUGUGCCUUCUCCAAGAGAAUCCCACACAGCAGUUAUAUAUUGCAGAAGAGAUUCUGGAAGUCCUAAAAUGUAUGUUUUUGGUGGAAUGUGUGGUGCUCGCCUUGAUGACCUAUGGCAACUUGACUUAGAAACUAUGUCAUGGUCAAAACCAGAAACUAAAGGGACAGUGCCACUUCCACGAAGCCUUCAUACAGCCAGUGUUAUAGGAAAUAAGAUGUACAUCUUUGGUGGAUGGGUUCCACAUAAGGGGGAAAAUAUUGAGACUUCACCUCAUGAUUGUGAAUGGAGAUGUACCAGUUCAUUUUCUUACUUAAAUCUUGAUACAGCAGAAUGGACCACCCUAGUAUCAGAUUCUCAAGAAGACAAAAAAAAUUCAAGACCAAGACCAAGAGCUGGACACUGUGCUGUUGCAAUUGGCACUCGAUUGUAUUUUUGGAGUGGAAGAGAUGGCUACAAAAAAGCACUGAAUAGUCAAGUUUGCUGCAAGGAUCUUUGGUAUCUUGAUACUGAUGCAUCAGAUAUUCUAUCAAAUUUCCUCAUCUUGAAGAAAUUUCUCCUCCUCCAAUCUGGGAUUAUUGUCUUCCACAAAUUGAGCACACCUAUCAUCUUGGAGUCUCCCUUCCUCAUCUUUCUGGGGAUAUCUUUUGCCUCUCACCGGUGCCUCUCACCCUGUUUCCUGGAUCUCAUAUUUUUCCCUUUGUUAGUUUACAUUCUCAUUUUUGUAGAAAACAUCCCAGGAAAAGGGUGCAUGGAGAAACCACCGGCACCAUCACAAGUACAACUGAUCAAAGCCACUACCAACUCUUUUCAUGUCAAAUGGGAUGAAGUGCCUACAGUUGAAGGCUAUCUUUUGCAGUUGAAUACAGACUUGCCGUACCAAGCUGUAUCAUCAGAUUCUUCAGCAACACCAAAUAUGCAAGGAGUCAGGAUGGACCCACACAGACAAGGCAGUAAUAGCAUCAUUCCUAACAGUAUCAGUGAUACAAUGAACAGUGCAAAAUCUGAACAUACAGCUAUGAAAGGAACUUCACUGAAAAACAAACCAGAACUCAAAGCAUCAACUGAUUCUAAUGCCACUUUACAUUCAUCUUUGGCAACUAACGCUUCUAAUCAUAACAGUUGUGUGGUGGAUAUGCUAAGGAAAAAUGAAGGUCCUCACACUUCAGCAAAUAUAGGUGUUCUAAGUAGUUGCCUGGACUUAAGAACAGUAAUCCCUGAAACUUCUGUAUCCAGUACUGUUUCCAACGCACAAACUAUGGUAACCCAGCAGACCAUUAAAACUGAAUCAUCCAGUACAAAUGGGGCAGUUGUUAAAGAUGAAACUUCACUCACAACAUUCAGUACCAAAUCUGAAGUUGAUGAAACAUGUGCAUUACCUGCAACUAAGAUCAGCCGUGUAGAGGCACAUGCUGCAGUGAUGCCAUUUUCUAAAGAGACUCCUUCAAAUCCAGUGACCACAAUGAAAGCAGGAGAACAACAGUGGUGUGAUGUAGGAAUUUUUAAAAAUAAUACAGCUUUGGUGAGCCAGUUUUAUUUGCUGCCAAAAGGGAAGCAAAGCAUCUCAAAGAUAGGAAAUGCAGACGUACCUGACUACAGUUUACUUAAGAAACAAGAUCUUGUUCCAGGCACAGGAUACAGAUUCAGGGUUGCUGCUAUCAAUGGUUGUGGAAUAGGCCCUUUCAGCAAAAUCAGUGAAUUUAAAACUUGUAUUCCCGGUUUUCCUGGAGCUCCUUCUGCAGUCCGAAUUUCAAAGAGUGUUGAGGGUAUCCAUCUUUCCUGGGAACCUCCAACUUCACCUUCUGGAAAUAUUUUGGAAUAUUCAGCCUACUUGGCUAUCCGCACAGCACAAAUACAAGAUAAUCCAAGUCAGCUUGUGUUUAUGAGGAUUUAUUGUGGUCUAAAGACAUCAUGUAUAGUAACUGCUGGGCAACUUGCAAAUGCACAUAUUGAUUAUACAUCCAGGCCUGCCAUUGUGUUCAGGAUAUCAGCAAAGAAUGAAAAGGGAUAUGGACCGGCUACACAAGUUCGAUGGCUUCAAGGUAACAAUAAAAAAGCACCUUUAAAUUGAUUUUUUUUUAACUGAAGCUAUUGUGAUGAUUAUUUAUUAGUAACUGGUUUUGGAGAUUUGUCAUUUAAAAGAGUAUUCUCUGACUGUAUUUCUAGCAGUUAUGAAUUUGAGUUUGUAAGUUGUUCUUAAAAUGUAUUUGCUCAAUUCUAGAUCCAAAUAAAAGUAGAAAAGAAGUAAAGCCUCUCUGAAAACUAGUAUAUGAAUUUUUCCUUAAAGUUAUAGCUCUUUUAUAAAGGAAAAUAGUAAAAUUAAGAUAAAAGCUAGAAGGCUUUAUUACUCCAAUAUCUUUUAUAAAGGCCAUGUAACUCAGUCAUCCUAGAGUUAUUGAGAUGAUUCUAGUAACUGGCUGUUGUACACUGUGCUGUCUUAUAUAGUAAAUGUUCUCUACAUUGUAAAGGCCCUGUCUUUGAGUACUCCCUCUAACUAUUCUAUAUGAGCAGUGGUCCUCUAACAACUAUCUUCUACUGGAUAAUAUUUGUAAUACUGAUUUUAGUAGCCAUUUGAUUCAUUUCUUUAUCUACAGUUAGCACAGAGCUUAAGAAAUUUAAAAAAGAGGCAAGUUCAGAAAUCUGCUUUUGAAUUUUCAUCAUUUUCCAAGAGUCAUGGCAACAUACAAAAAGAAUAAUGGGUUUUCUUGAUUCAUACCAGGUUGGUAUAUUGGAAUAUAUUUUUGGCCAAAGCACUUAACUUAUCUGGCCCUCAAUUUCCUGAUUAAUAGAUGAGGGAGUUAAAAGAGUUUACCUUUAAGGUCCCUUUCAGCAGUAAAAUUCUUUAUGUUCAUCAGAAGUAAAGUAUAUCCCUAAACAUUUUAACAUCUGUCUCAAUGGAUCUAAUUUUGCUUUUGCUGAAAUUAAAAUGUUCAUAGUUUAAAAUUCAAAGUUAAAGUAUGUCCUUCUUACUGAAGAAAGAAAGAAGCACCUUAACUGGACAUGAGUUUUGAAAUAGUGUUUUAAACAUUUGUAAGAUUUUUGUAAAUGCUCUAAAUGUUUUAUUUUUGCAUUGUUUUUACCUUGAAAUUGUAUAAACUUUUUUACAACUGAAAUAUAAGCAUUAGACAGCUUACUCAGGUUCCAUUACAACCUUAAAGAUGCAUAUAGGCAUUAUGGAUACUCUGCUACAGGUAACUUGUUUUAAACCUUUUAGACAUUUCAUGGUUCCACUGCCUAUUCGAUUCUGGAAUGAAUAUACAGAGCAAUAAUUGCAGAAAAGAUAUUUCAGACUAAGAGCUGCAGUAACUGCAGGGGCACAGGUCUGUCGUUUUAUACCAUGUAACCUUAUGCCAGUUUAGGUUGACUGAGUAGCUAUGUCCUCAAACUUCAUGUAUAAUACUCCAAGCAAAGAUGGAUUUAAUUGUGCAGAAUUGAUAUAUAUGUAUGUUCCAGUUACUAAUUUAAAAGUGUAUAGAAUAUUUUAAUAUAUAAUUUUUGUAAAGAACUGGGAUUUUUAUACUACAGUAUUUGUAAUUAAUGUGUCUCACUAAUUUUCUCUUGAAGAAAAUAUGCAAACUGUUAGACACGUAAUGAGUGAUUUCCAAACUCUAAAGGUAAAAUAAAUGCACUACUGUGGUGUUGUUAGAAUAGCUUUUUUGUGGCUCUAUGAAUCCUUAAUCUUUAAAUGUGUACUUUACAAGCAGUGUUUACAAGGAGCUUCUCUGGUUUGUUAUCCCAGCCCUCCCUUGGUGAGAGCUUCAUUCUGCAUUUGUUUAACUCAUAUGCUUUGCUUCUGGCAUAUGCUUGCUUUUUGCACUAGUAGAAUUUUAACUUACCUCAUUAUUAUGUUUGUAAUCAUUUGUGUAGCUUCCAUAAUAUGUCUGAUAUAGGCUAAAGAAGUACUUAACCAAAGUUAAAAUAAAUGGUAAGCAAUUUUGCACAUAUUAAAUGCUAGGGUUUGUUGUGUAUAUGUGUGCGUUUAGUUAUAAAAAGAAUAAGAAUGGAAAGUUAUAGUAAGUAUGUGUUUCAAGCCCAAUCAUUUUAAUGAUCUAUUUGCUUUAUUAGGAAAAGGUCUGGCUUUUAACCCUUUAUUUUCUGCAUUAAUUAACAAUUUGCAUCUUGAAGCACUUCUCUUAAUGACAAGGAAUAAGUUGACUUUAAGCAAAGAAUAGAAUAUUUGUUUGAGUGUGUACAUUUAUACCUACUUAAUAUUUUGUUUAGUUUACUUUGUUUAAAUAUCUCUUCUAGACUAGGAGGUGAAUAUGAACCUGUGGUUCUAAAAUAUGUCUUAUUUUCUAGAGAGAAAGGCAGUCUUUCUAUACCAAGGGAUUUGUUAAAAUAACAAAUGUUUUUACUUUGAGAAUCAGCCCAGUUUCUUACCAUUUUUUCACAUUUGUACAUUAAGUAGUAAUCACAUUUAUCUCUUUGAUAAAUGAUUGGUGACUGAAAGACGCCAUUAGGAAAUCUCUGUGGCUUUGACAUUAAUAGUUAAUAAGAGAUCAUUGAGCUAUGUGUUUAUGAAUAGAAUGGAUUGGGAUAAGUAACAAGAGAAGUGCAUUUAGCUUCUUAUGAUUUGCACAUUUUCUAAGUGAAGAUCCCUUUGUGUAGCAGUGGGUUAUAACAUGCAGGUAUCUUUCACAAGAGGAUUUACCCUGAGUUAAAUUACUUUCUUUACUCCUCCCAGCUGGAUAAGUAAUUCAGAUGUACAAGUCUUUGUGCCAUAGUCCUCUUCCUGGACUCUGCAGAUUUGGUUCACAUAGGUAAUAAAACGAUUUUGCUGUUGCAUGCUCUUAGAAUUAUGUUUUCUAAAAUAUUGUGUUGGCUUCAUUUUAGUUUAGUAAACUGUUUGGCAACUUAACUAGAAAUAGGGUAUUAUAAACUCACUUUUAUCUGCAUUAAAAAAAAAACAGAAAUAAUCCGAUUGCAUGUAUGAGGGCCCCCUGCCCUAUAACCCAAUUGCAUAAAUAUAAUCAUCUGUAAGAAAGUGAAACUGUUGAUCCAUUAUUUCAAAGACUUGUAGGCUAGCAAAGAUUUGUUCCAGUUAGAUAUAUGGUCUACUAUAACUGGAGAUAUUUUUAUUUUUGAAAAUUGCAGCACUUGUAGCACAAAAAUAACUUGUAACAUUGGAUAUGAAGAGAUUAUUAGUAUUUAAAAUUACUGUAGUCAUCUGAUCAUAAAUGAAGUAGGUUACAAAAUAGACUUGGUCCUUGACCAUUUAAGGUAUAACUGACGGUUAUGUUUUCCAAGACUAAUUUUAGGCAGUUUUAUGUAUUGUGUACCAAUGACAUGUAAAAUAAAGCACCUUUUCUACUAUAAGCAAUUACAGGUGUUAUUUAUUUUGAACUAUAUGGAAGAAAAAUUAGUGGUGGCAGAGUAAAUCUUCAGAAAUGCUGAUGUUGUAUCAUUCACUUAAAAUGAUAUAGGCAGGCUCAUAAAGAAUGAACUGUGUCUAAAAACUUGUUUAUUUUUAGUGGAUUGUGUUUGGGAGUCAUUUUCUGAUAGAAAUGUAAAGCCUAUCUAACCUUUAUUGUAACUAAACUAGUAUACUUGAAAGUAAAAAAGCAGAUGGCUCCAAGAAACAGACUAAAUUUGUUGUCACCUUUUUUUGGUCUUUUUUACUCUGAAUUUUUUUUUUCUUUAUGCUUUUCACUUUAAUUCAUAGCAGCCGGUCUUCUGUCCUACUACUCCAUCAAAAUGGCUGUAGCAGAGGUCAGGGAUAAGGUCUCAUUUCCCAAAUCCAUUGAAUUCUUUCAUUGUACUUAAUCUUGUCAUUUGAAACUUUAACCACUCCCUUGACACUUUCACAUUUUUAAAGUUUCUCUUGGACUGUGCUCUUUUUAUGCACCUCCUCCUGUCUGCAGUUCCCUUUUCCACUCCCACCUGUCCCCAUUCAUAUCUUCAAGAUUUAGGUAAAGGUCACCAACCUGCUGAAGCCUUUCCUGACAUACUUCAUUUCUAGGUAGAUUUGACCCCUUUUUCUUACGCCCCCACUGUCCUUUGUUCAGUCUUCUGUCACAGCAGCCUAAAGGCCCUUGCUCCCUUACUCGUUAGUGUUAGCGAUGUUAUUCCUCUCCCUCUGCCAGAUGGUCAGAGACUGGCUCUUUAUCUCUCUUCCAUAUCAGCCAUUUAGCUGCUACUUGAAUGUUUUAACAAAUGAUUAAAGAAAAUUGCACCUUUACAUCUCUCUCCAUACUCUCACUCCCCUUCUCAAAUUGGGUCAAAGUGAGAGGGAGGCUUUGAAAGGGAAGGAGAUUUUAGCAGAUUUAAUAAGCCUCUGGAGGAAAUAAAAGCUCAACCUUUGUCUUACCCUACCCUGCUGUUACUUAGGUUCCUAAGAGAAGUUCUGGGAUGAGUAAGAGAUAUGUCACAUAUUUAUUAGGCUAAAAGGGAUUUAAUAUGGGUGUGUAUAGAUCUCAAGAGGAAUUCUUUGAUCUAAAAAGAUCUGAGAAUUUAGUGAGACUGGUGGGCAUUGCUGGAUAAUGAUUUUUAACAUUGGAUGAUCAGGAAAAUGAGCUAAAAAUAUUUCCAAAGUCAGUGUCUCUGAUUUCCAUAUAGGAAAGCCAUGGACAAUUGUCUAACUUUAGAAGAAGCUACCUACCUAUUUAAUAUGUAAGCACAGGGAGCUGCUGGAGGACACAGAGCACCAGCAUUAGAACCUCACUGGGGUCUGUCAGGUCACUGUUGUCACCUCUAAGCUUACAGGACAAAGGAUUCUUACACUACUGGAAAACAAGAUGACAUUGCCACACCUUCUUUCCAAGUUUCCCAGUUAUAGUUGGGAGUCCUUAUACUUAUAUAUUUCUGUAACUCAGAAAAAGACUUUUUAAAAAUCAUGCCUGGAAAAACAUGAACUACAACAUUCUGGGGAGAAACAAUUAAUUCUAUAAACCAAAUGAUGAAGGAAAAAGCUCUACCAGCCUCCUUAUUCACAAUAGAUCUCUAUAUCUUCUAUUUCUAUAACUAUAUAAGGUAGCAUCUAGUGUUUGUUUUUGAGCAUAGAGUAACUGUCCGCUAGUAAGUCAUCAUGGUCCAAGAAAUGUCCACCUCUGACCAAGAGGAUUAUCCAUUCCUCCUCUGAAAAGAUGGACAGAAAGUUCCCUACGAGCUUGAGAAAAGCUCCCUCCCUAUUUCUCUGUUUCUUAUUGGAGAAGGAGGACAAAGCUACAGGUAUAAUAAUUACAUCCAAUUUAACAAAGUUGUGGGUGUGCCACUUAAGGUGUCGUAGCCUGUAAGAGAGGGGGCAGGGCUCUGGAGGUCCCGCCAACUGCUUGAUCCAAAAUCAUCCUGCUGCCAGUAGCGGUUUAGCACCUCCUGGUGGCAUUGUCCAUUCCAGCUUACAUAUGGGUAAGAUUUUGGGUCUUUUGUAACAAGCAGCCUAGGAUUUUUAAAAUAGCACAACGAUGUCUGGAAUUUUCUGAAUGUUUGGAACCUAGUUGAAGAGAUUGGACCUGAAGGAUACACUGUCUGCUCUCCAUUUCCUGAGCAUGUAUUGCCAGCCAUUUGCUGCCGGGCCUAGUCUGCCUCUUGCACCACCUCCCUAACCCAAGAUAAUAACUUUAGCCUGCCUUGUUGGGUACGAGGGAUGGAUCCAAUGUUUCAAGAUCUUUUUUUUCCAAAUUUCUAAAUUGUAUACCAAAAUGUAUAGCUAAUCCCCUGAAUCAGGUGAAAAUGUACCUUAACUGUGCCUUGUUUAAUUUGCAAAAUGGCACUGCUGGUGAUGACCCUGGCAAAGAUAUGAUUGCAAAAUUGUUAUGACACUUGUGACCAACCUGGCCACCUCUUAUUGACCAACGUGGAGAAACAGUCAAUAGCCACCAUGCACUUCCUGUAUGUUUGGAUUGCUUAACACAUAAAUGCACUAUUAGGAGAAUGUGCCACAGGGAAUUUGUACUUUUGGAAGUCCAUAGAAUUCAGUAAAGAGGCAGUGUCUCAGUUUAUUUUGUGAUUUCUAUCACCUAUCAUUUCAUUCUCCACUUUAUACAAAGAAUUAUAUACCCAAUGAACAACAUAACCAACUCACCAGGAUCAUGCCAGUGGCCGAACAAACUUGGCAGAGCAGUGCUAUAAUACUGCCAUCUCGUUAGAUCCUAACUCUCUGGGAACCUAGUUAACUUCUGUGAAGAAUAGCCCAUACUCAUCCCUAUUUCCAUAUUAUCAUGUACUUCUUCCCCACCAGUUACAAUAGUUGCCUGAUACGCAAUGCAGAACAGUGGCUGAAAUAAUCGGAUGUUCCCUCUCUUUGUUGAUGAAGUUAUAUCACGUAACCUUAUAUCCUUUUUCUUUUACAAUGUUUGUUGAGAAUAAAUAAAAUGAUCACACAUGUCCUCAGUCUUCAGCUUGAGAACUAGAAUACCCUCAGAUGUGUAGAAUUACCCCCACUCUGUCUUCCCUCCCCACAUACCACACGAGGUAAACAUUAUUCUGGAUUUUUUGGUAAUAAUCCCCAUGUUUUUAUUUAUGGCCCUGCCAUCUAUAUUAUGUAUCCCUAAUAUAUUAUUUAGAUAUACCCGUUUUUGAACUUUUAUGUAAAUGGUAUCAUGCUAUAUGUAUUCUUCUGUGACUUUUUUCUGACACUGUUUCCGAGAUUCUUAUCCACGUUUAUGCAUUAAGUGUAUUUCAUCUUUUUCACUACUGUAUAGUAUUCCAUCGUAUGACUGUACCACAAUUUAUCUACUCCUCUGUUCAUGGAGAUGUGGAUUGUUUUCAGUUUUGGGCUAUUCUGAAUGAUGCUGCUAGUGAGCAUUCUGCCAUUUACAGUGUAAGCUCCGUGUGGGCAGGGAUUUUGUCUUCUUUGUCUGAUUUUGUCUGUUUAACACAUUCACAAUGUCUAGAACAAUGCUGGCACAUGGUAGAUGCUUAAUAAAUAUUUGAGGAAUGAGUGAAUCCUUGUACAUGUCUCCUGGUGCACAUGUGCAAGAGUUCUCUAGGGCAGUUGUUUUCAAAGUAUGGUCGAGGGACUCUUGAGGUCCCUGAGACCCCUUCAGGGGAGUCCGUGAGGGCAAAAGCAUUUUCAUAAGAAUACUAGACAUUAUUUGUCCUCUUCACUCUCAUUUUUCACUUUUAAAUGU